GUGCGUCCGUGUCUCUCUGUAUAUGCGCGUGUUCAAUAAUCUCUCAAAAACUGCAACUACCUCCUACCUAUCUACCCUCCACGCUCUUUGAAUGCUUUACCCCUCUCUUCUUUAUUUAUAUCUUCCUCUUCUCUCAACCUUAUUUCCAAUUCUCACUUCCCACCCGUCUCUCUCUAGCGUACGUUUUCUCUCAACCCAGAAACUUCGACACAUCUCCGUCCCAGCAGAGCACCAUUACUAUGGCACCCUCAUUUCAUGAUCCCUCUGUUAGCACCGUCUGUGUGAUGGACGCUUCGGGUCACCUUGGCUUCAAUUUGGUCAAGCAACUCCUCCAACGGGGCUAUACCGUUCAUGCUUCCGUUCAGGAUCAUGAGGAGCAAUUCCGUCGGCUCUCCGCGGAUUCCGAUAAGCUCAAGAUUUUCCGAUCGGACCCGUUUGAUUACCACAGCAUAAUCGAUGCGCUCAAAGGUUGCUCUGGCCUGUUUUACAACUUUGAGCCUCCCCAAGAUCAGCCUGAUUAUGAUGAAUACAUGGCGGAUGUGGAGGUGAGAGCUGCACACAACGUGCUGGAAGCUUGUGCUCAAACAGAGACGAUUGAUAAAGUGGUGUUCACAUCCUCGGCCACCGCAGUUGUAUGGAGGGAGGAUCGCAAAUCCCUCGAAUUAGACCUUGAUGAAAGGCAUUGGAGUGACGUCAAUCUAUGCCGAAAGUUCAAGUUAUGGCACGGGAUGUCAAAGACGGUGGCGGAGAAGACAGCGUGGGCGUUGGCGAUGGACCGAGGAGUGAACAUGGUGUCCAUAAACGCCGGCUUGUUGAUGGACGACCCUGAUCUCUCCAUCAAGACCCCUUACUUGAGAGGAGCCGCCGAGAUGUACGAGGACGGAGUGUUCGUGACCGUCGAUCUCGACUUCUUGGUGCACGCCCACAUCUGCGUCUUCGAAGACAUCUCAUCCUACGGUCGCUACUUGUGCUUCAAUCGCCUCAUCAACACUCACCACGACGCCCUCAUCCUCGCUCGCAAGUUGACUCCUUCUGCCCCUUCCAUGCCCCACAGUGAGGAUGGUAAAGGGUUUAUUGAGCAAAGACUGAGCAACAAGAAGCUGAACAAGUUGAUGGUGGACGUCCAGAGUUGAGUUUGAUUCAGCACCUUUAUGUAGGUUAAUUGGUUUGUGUAACAAAGUGUUGUUAUUACAUCAAUUAGAUAAGCCAAAGGCAAAAGUUGAUUGCCUCUGUGAUAAAAAAGGACGUCCAAUUUUUUAUUCUUAAUUUGUUGAAUGCAAAUGCCAGCCAUUUCCCAA